UUACGUAUUUGGGUCAUCCAGGCAGUCUGGGUUGUGUCUCUGCUCAUUCACGUUGGUUGAAAUUCUGAGUUGUUUUUCGCUUUUCAGGAAUCUGUGGAGCUUAUUAGUUCAAUUUUCUGGAGUUUGGGUCGAUUACAGUCUAUCGUAGCAGACACUGAGAGGAUAGGAAAAAGAAGAGAAAAGGGGAAAAGAAGAGAGAAAGAAAAGAAAAAGAGUUGAUUCUCUUUCGGACAUGUCAUGUGUGUUCUGUUUUGGAAGAUCCUUAACUUGCUUUGUGGACUGAGACGACAAUGUCUCCGAUGUUAAGUAGGUGGCAUCAGUAUAAACAUUGGCAAAAUCAGUGAAUACACAGCUGCAUGACAAAGGAAGUUGUAUUGAGCAUGGCAUCAACAGUGGAACGAUUGGAUGAACUAGUUCGAGAAUAUCUUACUUACAGAGGAUUUACAAGCACCCUGAAAUAUCUUGAUACUGAGAUCAAAGCAGACAAGGAGAAAGGCUUCAGGGCUGAUAAAAUAGUCGAUCAACUGCAGCACUUCAUUCAUACCUAUGACCUGGCUGGAUUGCGAGACUACUGGGGUUAUCUUGAUCGACGACUCUUCAGUCGUCUAGAAGAUGUGUAUCGCCCAACUGUGAACAAAUUGAAGAUCAGCCUGUUCCGCUACUACCUUGUACAUGCAGUGCAGACGGGCAGACAGGACAAGUCCCAGGAUUUUUUUCAGAAGCAAGCAUCUGAGCUGCAGAAUCAGAUUGAGUGGAAGGACUGGUUUGUUCUCCCAUUUCUCCCGGCUGCUGAUCAGAAUCCAGCAUUUGCUACCUAUUUCUCUCGACAAUGGGCAGAUACAUUUUUGGUGUCUCUGCAUAAUUUCUUGAGCGUGCUUUUUCAGUAUAUGCCUGUUCCAGUCUUGCUGAACUUUGAUUAUGAGUGCCAGAAGACUGCAGCACUGCAGGAAGAAAAUGAAAUUCUGCGCCAGAGGCUUUUUGCUUUACAGGUGGAUCAUUCUCAAGUGAAAAAAGAUGAGGAAAUUAUUCAUCAUAAGCUUCCCCACUAUGUGCAGAACAUGGAUCGUCUGGGAGAUGCAGAACUAGAUCUAAUACCUACUCAGCGGAGCACCUCAUCUUCAUCACAGCCUCGUGUGAAUUCAUUUUUGUCAACAUUACUGACUCAAAGCAAGAAGGCACCUCAAAAACCACCUCCGUUGUCAGGAACCUCUCCAACACAGAGUAGUUCACAGCCAUUCAAGAAGGAGCUUGGUAGCAGUCAGAUUCCUAAAGGAAAGGAAACUGCAGUGGUAACUAAAGAUGUUAAAAAUCUGCUUAGUAGCCCUGUAACGAAUGAGCCAGUAUCUGGUCAGCAAAGGCAGAAGAGGCUCCAGGAACAUGGAAAAGAAAGGAAGGAGCUGUUUGCCAAGAACACUGAAAAGAAAACUGAAGCUGCUGUACCUGAAUCUGAGCCUUCACGAGAAAUCAGCAUCGACCAGACAGAUUUUGAAAAAACAUCUAAGCCUAGUGUAGAGAAAGAGGGUGUGAAAUCAGAGCAACCAUUUAUAGUCCUGAGCCAGGAAGAGUAUGGGGAACAUCAUUCAUCCAUCAUGCACUGCAGGGUUGAUUGCUCAGGAAGGAGGAUAGCUAGUCUGGAUGUUGAUGGUGUUAUCAAAAUAUGGUCCUUUAACCCGAUCAUGCAGACCAAGGCCACUGUCAUGUCAAAAUCAGCCUUAUCCCUUGAAUGGGCAGCCAAACCAGACAGACUGCUUUUACUUGGCAGUGGAGUUGGAACAGUAAGAUUGUACGACACAGAGGCCAAGAAGAACAUUUAUGAAAUAAGUAUCGACGAGUCACAUCCCAGGAUUCUGUCACUAGCCUGCAGUCCAAGUGGCACCUCCUUUGUUUGCUCCUCUGCAGCUCCAAGCCUGAACUGUAAGUCUACCGCCAUGCCAGAUAUUGGGGGAAAAGGAAUGAACCAGGUUCCAGGCAAGUUGUUACUAUGGGAUACAAAGGCCAUGAAACAACAGCUUCAGUUUUCACUUGAGCCAAGUCCUAUUGCUGUAAACUGCCUAGCAUUUAACCACAACGGCAAUUUGCUUGUCACAGGAGCAGCAGACGGUGUAAUCAGAUUGUUCGAAAUGCAACAUUAUGAGUGUGCAAUGAGCUGGCAGGCCCAUGAAGGUGAGGUGUACUCUGUCGAAUUUAGCUGUGAUGAAAACACAGUGUAUAGCAUUGGAGAGGAUGGAAGGUUUAUUCAGUGGAACAUCCAUAAAAGUGGAGAAAAGGUGUCAGAAUAUGUCAUGACUCCAGACACCACAGGCCCAUUUGUACUGUCAGGGUUCAGUGGGUACAAACAGGUUCAGGUUCCACGUGGGCGUCUCUUUGCAUUUGACUCUGAAGGGAACUACAUGCUUACAUGCUCUUCCACUGGUGGAGUCAUACAUAAGGUCAGAAGUAAUGGAAAUACCUUGGAGAGCUGCUUGUCGCUGGGUGGACACAGAGCACCAGUUGUCACCGUAGACUGGUGCACUGCCAUGGAUUGUGGAACAUGCCUCACAGCUUCUAUGGAUGGGAAAAUCAGACUAACAACAUUGUUGGCUCAGAAAUCUUAAACAGCAAAUCAGUCUACUUUCAUAUUGUUACGGAAAUACAACCGUAUGGUCUACAGAAAAAAUAGAACAUAAAUCUGUGCAUUACGUGUUUGAAUAUAAAAUAAAAACUUUUACAAGUUCAACUUUAAA